GCGGCACCAGGCAGGUUGCCUUGCUCUUUGGCUGUCGCCGGCCGGCCGGGCCGCGUUGUCACCAGGCCCAGGGAUGCAGCCCGAGAGCUCCACACAGCCCGGCCGCGCGGACCGCCCGAGCGCUACCCCUUAAUGGCUGCCUGGGAGCGGGGCCCACUCGGCCGGUCCCCGGCGGGGCGCGUCCUCCAGCGAAGGUGACCGGGAGGAAGGCGUCCCUCCCGCUCCCGGGAACGCCCGAGCCUGGAACGCCGCUGCGAGGGAAUCGCAGGCUCGGCCUGAAGGUGGGGAAACUGAGGCCGGAGGGCAGAGAAAACUCCCCAAGGUUUAACUUACUGAUUCUGGCCCGAGAUCCAGGAUGGUUUGUUCUUGGGACCAGACAUGACCAAAAAGUUGAUGCCAUGACCACGUCAACCUCUCCAGCUGCCAUGCUUCUCCGGAGGCUUCGGCGACUUUCCUGGAGCAGCACAGCUGUGCAGCUCUUCAUUCUAACUGUGGUGACAUUUGGCUUACUGGCCCCUCUGGCCUGCCACCGGCUCCUCCACUCAUACUUCUAUCUGCGCCAUUGGCAUCUAAACCAGAUGAGCCAGGACUUCUUGCAACAGAGCCUGAAGGAGGGGGAGGCUGCCCUCCACUACUUUGAAGAGCUACCCUCUGCCAAUGGUUCUGUGCCCAUUGUCUGGCAGGCCACUCCUCGUCCCUGGCUGGUGAUCACCAUAAUCACUGUAGAUAGGCAGCCUGGCUUUCAUUAUGUCUUACAGGUAGUGUCCCAGUUCCAUCGGCUUCUGCAGCAGUGCGGCCCCCAGUGUGAGGGGCACCAGCUCUUCCUGUGCAAUGUGGAACGAAGUGUGAGCCAUUUUGAUGCUAAGCUGCUCUCCAAGUAUGUCCCUGUGGCCAACCGCUAUGAGGGUACCGAAGACGAUUAUGGUGAUGACCCUUCAACCAACUCAUUUGAGAAAGAGAAGCAAGACUAUGUCUAUUGCCUGGAGUCAUCGCUGCAGACCUACAAUCCAGACUAUGUCCUGAUGGUGGAGGAUGAUGCUAUUCCAGAAGAACAGAUCUUCCCAGUAUUGGAGCACCUAUUGCGUGCUCGCUUCUCUGAGCCACACCUCCAAGAUGCCCUGUAUCUAAAGCUCUAUCACCCAGAGAGGCUACAGCACUACAUCAACCCCGAGCCUAUGCGGAUCCUGGAGUGGGUUGGUGUGGGCAUGCUGCUGGGGCCUGCUCUAACCUGGAUAUACAUGAGGUUUGCCUGCCGACCAGGCUUCAGUUGGCCUGUCAUGCUUUUCUUCUGUCUGUACAGCAUGGGACUGGUGGAACUGGUGGGCCGACACUAUUUCCUGGAACUGCGGCGCCUGAGUCCCUCCUUGUACAGUGUGGUUCCUGCCUCUCAGUGUUGCACCCCCGCUAUGCUCUUCCCUGCCCCUGCUGCCCGCAGGACCCUCACCUACCUGUCCCAGGUGUACUGCCACAAGGGCUUUGGCAAAGACAUGGCACUGUACUCUCUGCUGAGAGCCAAGGGGGAGCGGGCCUAUGUGGUAGAGCCCAACCUUGUGAAACACAUUGGGCUCUUCUCCAGUCUACGGUACAAUUUUCAUCCCAGCCUACUCUAGGAAUGCCAAGAAAUGCUUUUCUGCCAUUAGCUAUUUCCAGGAGAGGCACACGCUGAACUCUUUACUUAGACGUGGUUGCUUGCAGAGAUAUUUCAUUGUUCAACGUUGCUAGGUGUAAAGGCACUGGGACAGGGAGGAAUGCAUCCAAGUGAAAAGCCCUGACUGGUAAUCCUCCAGCAGAAGCAGCAGUUUGCCACAGGUCUGGAUCUCUGUCCCUCUACACAGCCACACUGUCUCCCGCAGUCUGCCCUGCUCAGUGAGGAUGAAUGCCGGUGAUAGUUAUCUUCUCUGUGUCUGCGAGUUGUGCCUCGGGACGGAGCCCAUGACUGCCAAAAAUCUUGUGCACUGUAGUGUAAGACUUGAGUUAGGGUUUUAAGGGUAGAGUAUGGUGAGCAGUCAGAUGCUUUUACUUAGAAUAUAUGCCCAAAGAAGGCAGGAUCGUGUUGCCAUAAUCUAUUUGUUUUCCUUGACCUGGUGUAAUAAAAGUGUCAAAGUUGUGCUGUGUCAGUUGUCUUGGAGACAGUGAUCUGGCUCUUCUGUGGUACAGUGACUUCUUUUCCUCCCAGUACCCAUCGUAUACCCAGAGCAAUGCUAUUGAUAAGAGCUUUAAGCCACAGCAGAAUCUACAUGCACUUUCUGAAUAACCCCAGUCUAGUUGCUUGCGUUAAAUACAAAAUUAAUGUUGAACAUUUCUGUCAUAGUGUGAUUCCUUGGUAGGUGGAUAUUUCAGAAGGAGACGGAAGAGUGACCUCCACACUGGGAGCAUAGCCUUCUCCCUACAUUUGUUGCCUAAAGCUUUGCCCUCAUUUCAUUUUUUACUGGUGACAUUAUAGCAUAGAAGACCAAGUAUGGUCUGUGAAGUAAAAACCUUGUAUGUUCAUGGUUUGAGGGGUACCCGUGAGAGAGAAAAUUUUUACACUUAAAAUGUUUUAAUUGUAUGUGGGAGGUGGCAUAUUUAUGUGUGUGGGAAUAUGUUUAUGUAUAUGCAGUUAUAUGGAGGCUAGGGGUUGUUGGCUGGAGUCUUUCUCAAUUGUUUUCUGCUGACCAGGGUCUCACUGAACAUUGAAUUCACCAGUUUGGUUAGACUGGCUAAGCAGCAAGCUCCAGACAACCUCCUGCCUCUGUUUCCCCACUACAUUGUUAUAGAUAUGUGUGAUUCUGCCUGCAUGCUAGGGAACAAGCGCAGGUCCUCACUCAUCCUUAUGUGGCACCUACUUUAUCAACUGAGCCAUUUACCUAGCCCGCAUUUGUAUAUUUUAGUAAGGUAUUUGUGAUACUGUUUAAUGGAGACAUAGGGCAUGUGGUUUUCACCUGCAUAGUAGCUGUUUGAGCCCAACCACUGCUAAAAAUAAAGACUGGCUUUUCAUUGUGGUUUCUAAA